AUGAAGCUGAAAAUUCGAGUGGGAGAAAAACCCCAGUCGCCAAAACUCUAUGAAAAUCGUGAAAAAUUGCCAAACGGUUUGAGAGGAUAUUAUGUACAUAGACUUCUUGUAAAUGCUGUUGCAAUGUGGGCUUCGCCUCGUUAUGCUUGGUAUAUUUACAGACUUCUUGACGAAAUUCAUAGACAAGAACGUGAAGAGAUGGAAAAGAAACUUCAUGCAAAAGAUGAAGUCAUUGAAGCAAAAGACAAAAGCAUUCAGAAAAGAAUACCACGUUCGGUACCAAAAGGUAAGGAAAAGAACUAUAAGUAUAUGAUUUAUACUGAAGAGAUGGAAAAUGAAGAAGAUAAAGAUAUGGUUAUGUUGCAUUUAGUCAGAAGAAACAACAAAAGCUUUUACGACCUUGCUAAGAUUUACAAAUCUGACAGAAAUUGGUUCUAUCGCGAAAACUUACCGAUUUCAAUGACCCCAAAUGAAGAUGUGAAACAAAUAGUUCAAGAUACGUUACCUCAAACACACUAUGAUAUGAAAGGUUGUACAAUUUUUACCUUCAAAGAAGACUUACCGCUACUGAAAGAAAAAAUAACAGAGAAUUUUGACAACUUCAAACAAGUAGGGUAG